AUAAGAAAGAAGUGUGUGAGUGAUUGCUCCAACUGUUUCACUACUUUCAGAGUUGUAUGUGGUGUGUGUUGUGAAAAUUGGUACUGAUUUAUGAAAGAGAUUGGUAUUUUGGCUCUAAUUUUGCCCAUAGUUUGUCAAUGUAAAUGCACUAAAUGAAUCCAGGACAUAUACCACUAUGGCCUGUGUGAAAAAAGUUAACGAAGCAAAAAAACACAGUGAUGAGCUGGAUAAGCAGCUGAAAAUAUGGCACAGAAAGUAUGAAAAAAUAGUGAAGUUAUUGCUUCUUGGAACUGGCGAGUCUGGAAAAACAACAAUUUUAAAGCAGAUGAAAAUCCUUCACAUCUCUGGCUAUACUGUGAGUGAGCGACGUGAAAAAGUAGCGGAAAUUCUGCAGAAUGUCCAUGAAUCAAUUUAUGACAUCGUGAGAAACAUGAGGCUCUUGAAUCCGCCACUGGAUCUGGAAAAUUCGAACAACGAAAAGAGUUUAAAAUAUAUAGUACAACUUGGUCCUGAUGGCCCAUCUACUUUUUCUGAGGAAUACUUCCAACACGUUGUAGCGUUGUGGAAAGACCGCGGUGUCCAGAUGAGCUACCGCCGAUCAAACGAAUACCAGCUUAUCGACAGCGCAAAAUACUUUCUUGAUCAGCUGGAAACUCUGAAGCGGCCUGACUACGUCCCUAGCGACCAGGAUAUUCUUCGCAGCCGUAAAACGACUACGGAGAUCCAGAAAAUAGAAUUCUCCCUGAAAAUUCCGAAAAGGUAUGGUGGGGGAUCUCAGACAUUUUGGAUGUUUGACGUCGGCGGACAGCGAGGGGCAAGAAAAAAAUGGAUACAGGUUUUCGACGGUAUUCGAUCAGUACUGUUCCUUGUCGCAUGUAGUGAUUUUGAUCAAACUUUGCGUGAGCAGACAUCUACUAAUCGGCUGAAGGAAGCUUUGAUUCUGUUCGAGAACAUGUGGUACAGCAGGUUUCUGCAAGAAUCAGGAAUUAUACUGUUUCUGAAUAAGCAAGAUGUGCUAAUGGAGAAGAUAAAGCAGGGGAAGAGCAUUAGAGACAAUUUCCCUGAAUAUGACAGCUAUAUAAUGAAUCCUAAAGAUGGCCGUUCUGAUGAUGAGUACCUUCGGACAAGAUCUUUUAUAAGAGACCUUUUCCUUGGAAUUACAACCAAAAAAACACCUGCACAUCAUGAAUAUGUUGUCUUCCAUAGAGUCUCAUUACCUAUAGAGGACGUUAUUAGGAAGAGAGGUUUCUACUGCCAUUUUACAACAGCUACAGAUACUAACAACAUUAAAAUGGUUUUUGAAGAUGUCCAUUCAAUGAUAUUAGCUGAAAAUUUGAGUGUUGCUGGACUAGAGUAAAAUGACACUGUGUAUUAACAUCCAGAAAAGAUUUUGCUGUUGGUCUGAAAUUUUUUAAAUAUAUGCAAAUAGAUCAAAGUGUCAUAUGAUGAUACAUGGUUCAAGAUUUAAUGUGACUAUACUGUAUACGAUGGAAAUCAUAAAAGUGGGCUCAGCACAUUACAGCAAGUUUAUUAUCACUUAUGCUAGUAUUGUAUCCACCAAAAAAUUUGAUUAACAGCAUUAAAUUGUAAUGGUUCAUUCAUUUGCUUUCAAAUAACCAUAUCUUUAGAACAAUCAAAUCCUCUCUUUGAGAAUAAGCAGAAAUGAAAAGUGAUCU